GAUACUCCAAGCCAAAUGCAUUAAAUCGUAAGCGAAUUUCUUUUCAUACUAGAUGAAUGUACUUGGACAAGACUAAUAUAAUAGCUGGUACAAGUGAAUGACAUUGUACAGGAAAUAUGAAUUCUAAACUUGGUAUCAACUUAUUGUCCAGUCGAUUGUCGUCAUGGUGACGAGACGAUGUCUCUGUUGUGAGGUGUGGGCGGAAUCGGAUGCAUGCUCCUAGAUACCCAAUGGGUGUGACAUGCGCGCCAGUAUUCAUGAGCUAUACGUUAUUUAACUCUUCCUCAAUCAUCACAGUUAAUUGAUCGGAGCAAACAGACUACCAACGUAAAAACCCAGGUUCGCUCUUUGCGUGGACACACGGAAUGACAAGCUGGCUAUGAUGUCUACUCCCCUUGCGUCCCGGUCCUUCAAACGCUCAUUCAAUCCUCACAGGAACCAUGGGACUACUGUCAGUAAGCUCCGACUUCUUAUUGAUGUCGACCCCACUUAUGGCUUCAGAAGGCUUAAACUAGGAGGCAGAGAACUAGAUGAUCUUCCACGGGAACUUUUCGAACUAACCGAACUGGAAUAUCUAACGCUUAGUCCAGACCGGAAGUCUUGCUUAUUCUUUCAGCUUUCGUCUGUCCCAAAAGAUAUUGGCCGACUUGUAAAUCUGCGAGUACUGUGUCUUGACACAAAUGAACUGACGGAUCUUCAUCCAGCGUUAUGCCAACUAGGACACCUAGAGCGGUUGGUACUCAGCAACAAUCUCCUAACGAAACUUCCUCAAGAGUUCGAAGACCUCAAGCAACUGAAGAGCUUGCACAUCGCCAAUAACUACUUUGAAGAGGUGCCAGAACCUUUAUUCGCUUUAAAACAGCUUACAUUCCUGGAUAUGAGUGACAAUAGGAUUAUGAUACUUUCGUCUCGGAUCGGCGAACUGAGAAAUCUCGAAACGUUGUUACUUUUCUACAAUCUGUUGGAAAUGUUGCCCGAGUCCAUUGGUCGUUGCACAAGACUCUCUAAUCUUUGGUUAGGAAUGAACAAACUGACAACAUUACCACAUGGUGUUGGAAGACUGUCUAGAUUGGACUGGGGUGAGCACGACCAUUCUUCAAACUUGGAAGGCAAUCCUUUGAUCUAUCCACCCAUUCAAGUGUGUCGCAGAGGGCCAGUCAGCAUCUAUGAGUAUUUUAAGGAACGCGGCACUUCAAAUAAGGUCAGUCCUCAGCAGGAAUCACCCUCACUUUUCAUGUAUUCGAUCGUCUUAAUCUGA